AUACUUUAUGAUUUAUUUAUGUUUAUUUUGAAUUUUCUUUUAUUAGUUAUUUGUGUUUUAAUUAGUGUUGCUUUUUUAACUUUAUUAGAGCGUAAGGUUUUAGGUUACAUUCAAAUUCGAAAGGGUCCAAAUAAGGUUGGUUUUGCUGGAAUUCCUCAACCCUUUAGUGAUGCAAUCAAGUUAAUUAGUAAGGAGCAGCCAAUUCCUAUUAUAUCUAAUUAUUUACUUUAUUACUUUUCUCCUGUCUUUAAUUUAAUGAUUUCCUUGGCUGUUUGAGUUAUUUUCCCUUACUUAACUUAUAUAUGUUCUUUUUCUUAUGGAUUUUUGUUUUUUUUAUGCUGUACUAGAUUAGGUGUUUAUACUGUUAUAAUUGCUGGCUGGUCUUCCAAUUCAAAUUAUUCUUUACUAGGUUCUCUUCGUUCUGUUGCUCAAACAAUUUCAUAUGAAGUUAGUUUGGCUUUAAUUUUAUUAUCUUUAAUUAUUUUAAUUGGAAGUUUUAACAUGUUUGAUUUUAUAAAUUAUCAGCUUUAUUGUUGAUUUAUUAUUAUUUCUUUCCCUUUAGCUUUAGCUUGUUUUGCUUCUUGUUUAGCUGAGACUAAUCGUACUCCUUUUGAUUUUGCCGAAGGUGAAUCUGAAUUAGUUUCAGGGUUUAAUAUUGAAUAUGGUGCAGGCGGAUUUACUUUAAUUUUUUUAGCUGAGUAUACUAGAAUUGUUUUUAUAAGAAUAUUAUUAUCUUUAAUUUUUUUAGGUGGUGACUUUUAUUCUUUUAUAUUUUUUAUUAAGCUUGCUGUUAUAUCCUUUGGUUUUAUUUGAGUUCGUGGUACUUUACCGCGCUUUCGUUAUGAUAAGUUAAUGUAUUUAGCUUGAAAAAGUUUUUUACCAUUAUCUUUAAAUUUUUUUAUUUUCUUUGUUGGUUUAAAAAUUUUAUUUAUUUCAUAUAUUUAG